AUGCCAAAGCCGACCAUUCGGCUGCCAGCUCUGAUCCAACGACAAAAGUCGGCUCAAGCAGAGAUCGUCCCACCGACACCACGCAACAUGACAACUCAAGCAGCAGGAUUUGAACAUCCUCCACAGCCUAAAGCCAACUACUUCGAUGCCACUUCCGGAGCUACUGAGCCAGUCUGGGUCCGCACUGAACCCUACUCAAAUCGACCCCAGUUCUCCAAGCUCGAUCAAGACCUCGAGACAGAUGUCGUGGUCGUAGGCUCUGGAAUCUCUGGUGUACAGACAGCCUAUGAGCUUGUCACCCGCGGCUACAAUGUAGUCAUGCUCGAAGCCCGUGGUAUAUUGAGCGGAGAAACAGGCAGGACAUCCGGACAUCUGGCCAGUGCUCUCGACGAUGGUUAUGCAAACAUCGCGAGCAAGCACGGCAAGAACGGCGCCAAGAUCGCCGCAGAGAGUCACCAAUGGGCGAUCAAUCGUGUUGGCGAAUUGGUUCAGAAGCAUCACAUCGACUGCGAGUACCGCAAGCUGCGAGGAAUCCAAGUCAGCCAGUAUGACCGCAACAAACAAGCAAAAGAUCACGACAAAGAGAUCGAGGAGUUGAAGGAAGAGGUAGAAAAGGCUCAGGAAUUUGGCAUCAAUGUCAAGUUUGAGCAAGGCUACAAAGUCAAAGGCUGGGAUGGCGAACCCGAUCAACGCGACGCGGCCAUUUUCAGCGACCAAGCUACUUUCCAUCCUACCAAAUACGUCAAUGCUUUGCUCAAGUUCCUUGACAAGCAGCACAACUUCAGAUGCUACACGCACACCCGGGUCUCGGAUACUCAGGAGAAAGGCUUUGGUAUCGGUCCCAUUGGCAGCAAGACCUCGGUCGAAGUCAAGACAUACGAGGGACAUACCGUGACAGCCAAGGAUGUGGUCAUGGCUACGUGUGUGCCACUGCAGAAGCUCAGUGUUAUUGCUGAGAUGGAGUAUAUGAGGACGUAUGCUCUUGCUAUCAAAGUGCCAAAGGGAUAUGUCGAAGACGUCCUUCUUUACGACUUGGCUGAGGCCUACAAAUACAUUCGUCUCACAGAGGCUGAUGCUGAGAACGAUUACAUCGUGAUCGGAGGCUGCGACCACAAAGUCGGACAAGAAGAUCCAGAAGGCCGCUUCCAAGAACUCGAAACCUGGGUCCGCGAACGCUUCACCAAAGCCGGCUCAGUCGACUACGCCUGGUCAGGCCAAGUCUUCGAACCAGCAGACUACAUGGCCUUCAUCGGCCUCGACCCAGGAACCCAACACACCUACAUCAUAACAGGCGACUCCGGCAACGGUCUCACCCACGGUGUAAUCGCCGGCGAAAUCAUCGCUUCCGAAAUCGAAGGAAAAACCCACCCCUGGAACCCCCUCUACAAACCCACCCGCAUCUCCAGCCUCCUAAAAUCCGCCACAAAAAUCCUCUCCCACGACCUCCAAAUCAACGCCCAAUACAAACGCCACCUAACCUCCGACAUCGAAGACCUCGCAGCCCUACCCCCCGGUCAAGGCGGAGUCUUAAACCCCAAAACCAAAACCCCCAUCGCAGUCUACAAAGAAGACGACGGAAGCGACACAAUCCAUAAAUUCUCCGCUCUAUGUCCUCACAUGCAAGGUGUAGUAUGCUGGAAUCCAACAGAGAAGAGUUGGGAUUGUCCCGUGCAUGGUAGUAGGUUUAGUAAAGAAGGCAAAAAUUUGAUGGGGCCUGCGAAGGGGAAUUUGGCGCCUGUGGAUGGCGAGGAAGGGUCAGAGAAUGUGGGGUUGAAGGAGAAGGUUAUGGGGGUCGGAAAGGCGUAA